CUGAAAAGAAAUACAAUGUACCUUUAGACCACUAGUAGCCUACUGAUUGUACAUGCCAUUGAUUCUAAACUUUCUAUAUGAUUCAGGUUGUGACAGAGAAAGGAAAAAAGCAACUUGGUUCUGUCACAUCAGCUGAGAGAGGAGAACUGGUGACUGUGGUGUGUGCAGUAAAUGCUGCUGGGAAUGCCACACUUCCCAUGUUUAUCUUCCCCAGAGUUAAGUUUAAGGACUGCUUAAUGAUAGGAGCACCCCCAGGAGCCAAAGGUACCUCCACCAGAACAGGAUGGAUGUAUGAAGACACCUGGGCUGAGUUCCUUGAUCACCUGAUACAGCACACUAACUGAACCCCUGACCAUCCCAUGCUGUUAAUCCUGGAUAAUCUUAAGGCUCACAUCUCACUCAAGGCAGUAGAAAUAGCCAAGAGCAACGGUAUUGUUCUGCUCACCCUCCCACCCCACACAUCCCAUCGCAUGCAGCCUCUCGAUGUGACCGUGUAUGGCCCGUUCAAGACCCAAUACAGCCGAGCACUUGAUGGGUGGAUGAGAUCCAACCCUGGCAAAACAGUCUCGAUCUACCAGAUUGCAGGACUUGUGAAUGAGGCCUUCAUGUCAGCAGUGACACCACGCAACAUCACUUCUGGAUUUAGGUCCACUGGGAUUUUCCCAUAUAACCGAGACACUUUCCCUGAUAAAGCGUUUGCACCAUCUAUGAUGUCAGACCGGCCAAACCCUGAGCUGCAGCCUGCCACUGCAAAUGAUCCGGAUGGUCCAUCCCCUGCAGAUGAUCCACCUACAGAUGAACCACCCGCUGCAGAUAAUUCACUCACUGAUGCUAAUCCAUCCACUGCGCAUGGUCCACAUGGAUGUGCCUCACCAGCUGACUCAGAUGUGCCGUGUGUUCCAAGCCAACCUGGAUAUGUGUCUCCUCGUGAAAUUCUACCACUUCCCAAAUGUCCCCCAGAACACAAACCAAACGAAAGCGUGUGAAGACAGCCAUCCUAACUGAUACUCCUGA